CUUCCGCAUUGUACAUCUGUUAUGUUUUGCUUUACCACACGCACUACCCGAAAUAUUUUGUUUCCUGAAUUUCGACUGGACGUACGAAAGCUUCGACAUAGUUUGUCCCAAGACCACUUGACGUGUGCACAAGAGCUUUAAUUACAUCUUACAAAAUUAUUGAUAAACUCGUCUCGGUGCACCAGAAUAUGGUAUUAGCUUAGCAUGCUAGCUGCCAACAAGGUUUGAGGAAAGUUAUCAAGCAAAGUGUUAUGACCAUUGUGUGAAAAUGUUUGCGAAGAGGGCGAAAGACAAGCACAAAGAGCCUUCGCGAACAAAGGAGGGGAACGAGCAACAACGUGAAAUACCGGACUCUUUUUACAAGAAGCCUAAAGCCGUGUUGCGCUAUGGAGACAUCAGUGGAGAAGAUCUUUGUCCUGAGCAGCAGGAGCAGAACUCCAAGGUGGAGCAGGAGGAGCCAGAGCCCAAUCAAAUGAAAAAUGAAGAUGAAUUUGAGCUACCUUUCAUCAAAGUGGAGGUGAAGGAGACAGAGGUGCCACAGAUUAAAGAGGAAGAGAAACCAGUGGCACUCCACAUUAAAGAAGAAGAAGAGGAGGAAGAUAUCAACAACUUUCCAUUGACAAUUAUCAUGAAAAAUGAACAUGAGGAAGAAGGAGGAGGUGAUGGAGACCCCUGUGGAAAAUCACAAGCAGACAGCCUCUUUCCUCCACUAUCUGACAGUGCCGACAUCACAUCACACUUUCCCGACACUGAUUAUGAACACCCUGAAGGUGAUGGCAUGCAAUGGAAGUGCUCACAGUGUGGGAAAACAUAUGGCUCAAAGUGGGGUUUGAAAGUGCACAUGAGAAUACACACAGGAGAGAAACCUUUUUCCUGCUCACUUUGCGAUAAAAUAUUCACUCAGAAGGCACAUUUAACAGCACACAUAAGAACGCACACCGGGGAGAAGGCUUUUAUCUGCUCAAUCUGCACCUUAAGUUUCAGUGAACGUUCAAAUUUAGGUAAACACAUGAGAACGCACACUGGGGAGAAACCAUAUGCCUGUUUAUUUUGUGGUAAAAAAUUUUCUAUAAAGGGACAUUUAAGAACACACACCAGAACGCACACAGGAGAGAAACCUUUUGACUGUUCAGAGUGCGGUAAACAAUUCACCCGUAAGGCACAUUUAAACAUACACAUGAGAAAACACACUGGAGAGAAACCUUUUUCCUGUUUGGUUUGUGACAAAAGAUUUGCUCGUAAAGCACAUUUAAACAUACACACAAGAACCCACACUGGAGAGAAACCUUUUGCUUGCUCAGUCUGCACCUUAAGUUUCAGUGAACGUUCAAACUUAAUUAAGCAUGUAAAAACGCACACUGGCGAGAAACCAUUCAGUUGUAGUGUGUGUGAUAAAAGCUUCUCUCAAAAGUAUCUGGUAACAAAACACAAGUGUCCUGGUGAGAAAAGUACCAGUAAAUAAAGAUACAGGACCUAAAAUCGACAGGAAACGCUUGAUUUUGGGUUUCUAGGUUGUAAAAGUACAUUGGUGACCCUGAAUUUAAGAAAAAAAAUUGUUGAACAGGAAAUAAAAUGCUAACGUAUACCUGGGUCCCUUGAAAGACACUAUAUAAGUGUGAACUUUUAAAUGAAGUCCGUGUAAUGACGUAAAAAAACAAAUAACUUUUUUCAUAGUUCUUUGUUUUUGAACUGCUGUGUCCAAUAAUUUAAAACACUGUAAAAAAAAAAAAAAACGACGUUAUUGCGGUGACUUUGUUGAACAAAGUUUACAUUUUUAUCAAAGCUAAUAGUCAGCUAUCAAUAUUAUUCAUUAUAAAUCUCAUUGGCUAUUUAGGAAAAUGAAAGAACAUAGUUGGUGUCAAUUCAAUUCAUUUGUAACUCCUUGUAAAGGGAGAAAGAUUUCUGGUGUGGCCCCCAUCAUCCUGUGACCUCAACCCUACUGAGAGAUCUACAAGGGUGGAUGGAACUACACCACCAAACAGCAACUGCGGGACGAAAAUUUUUAUUCUAUUCUUCAUAUGCAUUUGAUGAGGAUCACAAAUAUUUACUCUGAAUUGCAUUGACAUUUUAAGGAAUUUUAACAAACCAACCUUUGCCUCAUAAUCUGGAGAAUUGUAUCAAUUUUCACUAAAUAUGAAUGGAGAGGCAGAAUGCAAUGUAUUAGAUGAUAAAGUCCGUUCUCUUGACAAUCAUUUUAAUUAAACGCUUGUGAAAUUUCUCGAAUCGUGAAAUAAUAUUUUAAGAAGAAUGUCUUGACUUUUGUUGUCUUCGUUUUCAGAGCAAAGCAAAACAAAAAAAAUUAUAACUGGGACAGACACUUGUUAUAAGUGUAAGGCUUAGAUUGUAAGAUCUUAUAUAUUAUUAUUAUUCUUUUACACUUCUGUUCUCAAAGGUCAAUGCUGUUUUUGACAUUAUUUAGCUGUAUGGCGGGUUACACACUGACAAAGCUAUAAGCGGUCUAUAAUACAAAAUAUAUUUAAUAAAAAUGUUGACAAUAAUGCCACUCAAGUAAAAAGUAGUCCUCCAAAAAAAAAAAAAAAAAAUACACCUCAAUAUCUAUGAUGCUCCAAGAUGGCAACAAACCCCUAACUAAUAUCCAUCCUUCUGUUCUAUGUACCACUAAUGUGUAGAUGAGAUUUUGCCCCGAUAUUUGCCCGAAUGUGACAUAAUGUAUGACCAACAAUAACCCCAAUGAUGUCAAAAUGAAAAGUGUAGUAUCUUUGAUUUUUUUUUUUUUAUAUCUUCCAUGUAGCAUGACAGUGCAUCUUGGUGUUGAUCAAUAGGAUUGUGUAUUGUGAUGCACGUAUCUCGUCCCCUGAUUGUUUUCGUCAACAUACUUGGUCGCCGUUUAUUCUUGCGUACAAACCAAUGUUUAUCGAAGCCAAAGAGCAUGAUGCAACAGAAUGUCAGCAUGU